AUGUCUCUAGUCACCCAAUUUCUCUCUCAGAUUCAGCAACAAGUCCGCAACCAGCAAGGCGAUCAGCUCCGGUCAUGGCUUCAAGUAGAGCCGGAAUCGCCAAAACAAUAUCACGAUCUAGCGAACGAGCUUCGCGCCAGAUUUAGCCGCCAGGACGCCAUUGACAAGGUCGUUGAAGAUGCCCUGCCGCAGCAGGACGAUCUGCCCGAAGGUCAGGCCACGGCUUGGCCAGGAUUGUUGGCUUUUUUGAAGGAUUACUUGACCUAUUGGCGAGAUGUCAAUUUUGCAGACUUGUUGGGGGCCCAUCAGCUUCUCAGUGGACUAGUCAACUCUUGUUCUACUGCAUUCGCACAUCCUACCUAUGGCUCAAUGCUCCUCCAAGUCAGCAUGUCUCUCUCAGAGACACUUGCCCGCCUUACCAUGAAUCUCAACCGCCGGCCUGAUCUGACUCGUCGGCUUCGCGUUGUGGACGACGACAACCGCAAGUCUGUUGCCGAAUCUUCUGCUGAGAUCAUUCAAAAGAUAUUUACGACUUGCUUGACCGACCGGUCAGGAACCCGGACCAGCAAGCCAGAGGGAAAGCGAGUUGGCAUCUACAUGUUUGCCAACCUCGUGCUAAAGCUUCUCUUCGCAGAGGCAUACUUACAAACUCCCCCUCAACUGGUCUCUCAUCGCUCCAACAUUCUCACUUACCUCAUUCCCUCGAACCUUCUUCUUGGGCGAUUCCCUUCAACCACACUCCUAUCACGGCCCGAGGCUCAAUCGUUGAAACCCAUCUUUCUCCCAAUGUGCAUGGCCAUUCGCUCCGGGAACUUUGUGCAGUUCCAGUCCCAUCUUGCCGCUCACGAACCGUGGCUGUUCGAAAAGGGUCUCCUUUUGCCACUCUCCAACCGCCUUCGACCACUCCUCUGGAGGAGUCUCAGCCGAAAGACAUUCCUCUUGACAUACGUCCCCCCACAGGAUGCCACCUCCCGCAAAGCAGCAACACUCGACCUCUCCCAUCUCCUCGCCGUGGCCACCUACGUUCAGCGCCGCCUUGAAGGCUGGCUGCCCGGCAAUCCAACCGCACACGGCCGGCCGUCGCAGGCCAACCCUCUCUUCAUGCAAGCCCUCAAAAACACCGUCCAGUCUUCUGCCGAAACGACUCUUGCCCCUCCCCCGGGCGGCCCCAGGAAGCUCCGCCCCAACGAGGGGCUCAUAUGGGGUAACGCACUGGUCACGUACGAAGAUAUAGAGAUGACAGUGGCCACUCUUGUCCAGCAGGGCUUUAUGCAUGGAUUCGUUGCGCAUAGCCAGGGCCGGUUUGCCAUUAUCGGAGCAAAGGCAAAGGGCAGCCCUGUCCUAGCAGGCUGGCCAAACGUUUGGCUGACUAUUAAGGAAAGGAGGCACGAAGACGACUUUGACUUGGACCAAGUUCCCGGCUGGGUGACGUUGUGA